AUGGCGGUUGUCGAUUUAGAUCAAAACAAAUACGUCCAAACCAAACGGCGACAGCGUGAGUCCCCACAGCCUGUUCCUUGCCACAACACUCCCUAUUUCUGUCUCAACUCGGUUGGCUGGACAUAUCGCUAUGAGGAACUCAGACAGCGACUGCUUGAGAGAACCGCAGAGGAGACGGCCUAUGCCGGUAUUAUCGAGCAAUGCAAGUACCGACGGUUGGCACAACAAGCGAGGCUAUUGAACGAACGCAACGCGAGUCUUCUCCGCGCCGUCGGAUCCGUCCAAUCGCAGACAGGAGGCACAUCUGCAGCAGGUACACCCGGGCCAGAUAAUCCCGUACGAGUGGCCUAUGUGGUAUCGCUCGAAUCACAAAUUACUGCACUCCGUGAUGAACUGGCAGCCGUAUACAAAACACAGGGCCAAAAUGCCCAACGGUUACUCUCAAUGAACGAAACAUUGCGUGAAAAGGAGGAACAAACGCGACUAAAUCUCGAAGAACUCCGUCACACCAAGGAGGAGCUUGAGCGCCUGCGCAAGAUCACAAAGGACCACAAGGAGCAGAUUGAGGAGAAGAACCGCGCGUUGCAAGUUUUAACCGACGAGGCCCAGGCACACCACCUCGAGAUGUCCCAGAUCGAGCAGCGGAAUGAGGAGUUGAAGAAGGAUAAUGCUGGGUUGUUGCAGCGUUGGCUGGAUCAUAUGAACGAUGCUGCGAACAAGAUGAACCAUGCCAAUGCGUUUUAUACCGAAUUGCGCACAGCUGGAUGGGCAUCUCAGCCAGGCUCAACCGCCACGUCUGAGCUCGGGGAUGAUAUUGUAGACGUAACAGCUGAACAUCUGUCGGCGUCGGGAAAAGUCGAGCGCAACGGCGCGCCCUCCAGCUCGCCCAAUAUGUUGCAACUCAACCCGAACGACGUGGGGACCGCUAUUGGAAUAAACGGUCAGACGGCUGUGGCAUGGUACGAAGCGAGACGCGCCGUUGCGGAACGAGAUGUUUUAAUGCAGAGUAAGGUCGAUGAGGAGUGGUCGGUUGUGGAUGCACCCGAGGUAGAAGUUGAGACUACGGACACUACAUCUAAUAAUCCUGGUACCGACGAUUGGGAGCAGUGCUCUCCCGUUGCCGAUUAG